AGAAUUAUUGAAAAUAUUCUGCGUUGAAAAAUGUAUUACUUUCGAAGCGUAAAAUAUAACCUAUACGAAAUAAAUAAAUAAUAACAAUGAACUGACAAUAAGAAGCAAAUUAGUGUAGAUAAGGGAGAAUCUUUUUUUUUUUCUGACACUCCUAUGCUUGUGUGUGCUGUCUUCCCGUGAAUCUACAUACAAAUUCGUUUAAUACUUUAAUGAUUAUUGGGAAUAUAGGUUAUAUUUGACACCGUGCUGUUUUUAUACUUUUCUACAGCGCUACAAGAGAGAAAGUGCUUGGUUUUAAAGAUAUUGUAAUUACCAUCGUAUUCUAUGAAUCUUUUUUCUUCUUAAAAAUAUUUUUUUCCGUAAGAAGUUAUUGCAUCUACGAAAAUGUUGCGAAGAAUGAACAGUUUACUACAAAUUGCUGCUUGUGGACAGAAAAUGAGGAGCAGGAAUCUAAACUUUGUACCUAUUGUAGUGGAACAAAGUGGACGUGGUGAACGCGCGUAUGACAUUUACUCGCGUCUUUUAAAGGAGAGAAUUAUUUGUCUCAUGGGUCCGAUUACAGAUGAUGUAUCUUCUGCGGUAAUUGCUCAACUUCUUUUCUUGCAAUCGGAAAGCAGUAAAAAUCCGAUUCAUUUGUAUAUUAACUCACCUGGUGGGAGCGUAACAGCAGGACUUGGAAUAUAUGAUACUAUGCAAUAUGUCCUUCCACCUGUCUCUACAUGGUGUGUAGGUCAAGCAUGUUCUAUGGCUAGUCUACUUUUGGCCGCUGGAACUAAAGGUAUGCGUCAUUCUUUACCAAAUGCUAGAAUCAUGACGCAUCAACCAUCGGGAGGAGUACAAGGCCAAGCUACAGAUAUUCAGAUUCAAGCUUUAGAGAUUCUUAAGUUGAAAAAACAAAUCAAUGAAUUAUAUGUAAAACAUACUGGCCAGGAUUUAGAAAAAAUGGAAAAGAGUAUGGAGAGAGAUAAUUUUAUGAGUCCAACACAAGCUAAGGAAUUUGGAAUAAUAGACAAAGUGUUAGCUCAUCCUAUGCAAGAAGAAUCUACACAAGCGACAAUAGAGAAUACGGCAAGUGCAACGACAAAACCUUAAUAUUGUUGGAUAGGAUACAGGUAUAAAAGUUUGGUUUCAUUGUUAUUGUAACAAAUGCAUUAAAAAAAGUGUAUUUAUUAAUAUUUAAUAUAAUAUAAACUAUUUAUAAAACAAUUAUAUAAACUAUAUUCUAUU